ACAUUACUUAGCUUUAAGUUAUUUACUUUAUUCACAGUUCUUAUAACCGAACAAAUUAAAUUAUGUGUGUUAGAAACAAGAGACUAAAUUGGAGAAAGAAUUUGUGUAUUAUUGAGUGUAUUCAAGUUGUCUAUUCAAGUUGAUACAAUGUAAAAGAGUAUUUAUAGGUGCUAAGAGAAUCGAAAUAAUAAAGACGUAAUAUCCUAUAAUAAAUAUUUAGAUAUGCUAAAUAAUGCUAAUUGAUCCUAAUUAUAUUUUAACAAUGUGUAUAAAUAAGAAAGAUACGAAAGAUGCAAUAUUGGAUGCUAACAAUCACAACCACUUCCAAAGAAUGUACGGAAAGAUGGCAUUUGAAUAUAUGGAAACAGACAGAGAGUUAGGUAACCUUUUCGGAGAAGCAAUGUCUCAAGCAGGGCCUUUAGGAGUGAAAUCAAUCCUUGAUGCAUAUAAAGGAGGCUUUGAUGGAAUAUCAACGUUAGUUGAUGUAGGAGGUGGAUAUGGACAAGUCCUCAAACAAAUUCUCUUCCAAUAUCCAUCAAUUAAAGGAAUUAAUUUUGAUUUGCCUCAUGUUGUGAAAAACGCACCCCCUCAUCCAGGUAAUGUCCGCAUUAUUAUAUUUACUAAUGAAGAGUGCUAGGGGCAGCAACUUUUGUGAUUUGGAGUCAUUAAGUAAUUAUUAAUGAUGUUUUUAAUAGCGUGAAAUUUCAUCCAAUGGUGUAGGAUUACUCAUUCUUCUUUUGCUGGUUACAUGUUGGUCAGAAUUUAAUAAAGUUGUUGGCUCUCUGAACUUUUCCUUCACUAAUUUAUUUGAUCUCAUGUAAUUAUUUUAUUUUACACAUGAAGGCAUAGAGCAUAUCGGGGGAGACAUGUUUGAAAGUGUUCCAAAAGGUGAUGCCAUUUUGAUCAAGCGUGUAUGUCAUAACUGGGGAGAUGAAGAAUGUGUCAAGUUUUUGAGAAAGUGCUACGAAGCUUUGCCAGCAGAUGGGAAGGUUAUAGUUUUGGAGACUUUAGUGCCAGAAAUUCCCAAGUCAACAUCAAAGGAUAUUUGUGCUGUGGACAUGGAUUACAGUAUGUUUCUAGUUCAUGGUGGAAAGGAAAGAACCGAGAAACAAUAUGAGAAAUUAUGCAAGAGAUCGGGAUUUUCCAGAUUUAAGGUUGCUUGCAAUGAUUCAAGUGCCAUUGAUGCAGUGAUGGAGUUCUACAAAUAAAAAUGAAUUCCCUUCUGUAACUUGUUAUCCUUGUAAAAUUUGGUGUAAUUUGAGAAGUUUGCAUUUGGUUCAAAAAGAUUUGAAGCGAAAGGUGAAGUGAACUAGUGAAGUGAGAGAGAGAGAGGAGAAUAGCGAUGGCUCGUUCGAUCUCGCAAGAAGCGUUCGACGAGCUGGUGAGAGAGAACAUUGACGACCUCGGAAUGGAGCCUUCGGAGGCCCUCCAAGACGCCAUCCACACCCUCUCUCUCCAAGGCGUCAACCUCUCCGGUAUUGUGACUUGCCUUCCGGGAGAGACCAGUCCCGUCAUCCGGUGCCUCGAUAAGCUCAAGCAGCAGCUGCCUUCUCAGCUUCGCGAUCCAGUAGACGACGUCGUUUGGGCUGACAUCGCGGUGUCGUUUGAUGAGCUUAGAGCAUUGUGCUCUCAAGACAAAGCCAAUGCUGCUAUUGCCACUAAGAAUGGUGCGGUGGAGUUGCUUUGCUCUCUUUGUUCUAAGAUUCCCGCUGCUACUUCUCAAGCGGCGCUUCUUUCGGCUUUCAAUGCUUUGACUGCUUUGCUUCAUGAUGUUCAAAGUACAGGAACAUUUAAGAUCAGCAAUGGACCAAGGAUGAUAAUUGGUUUCCUAAAUGAUAACAAGCAAAAUAUAGAUGUCUUAAAUAGUGGAUUUGGCGUUGUGGCUUCAGCAGCAACUGGUGAUGAGAUUCUCAAGGAAUCAUUCAUGGAGUUGAAAGUUGAUGAGCUAAUCAUGGAGAUAAUGUCCAUACAUAAGAAUGCUGGCAUUCAAAAUUUAUAUGAUGCUAUUCGUAUAUUGUUAACACCCGAUGAUAGUCGAGUUGUAGCUUCACAAGUCUAUGGUUAUGCAAGAAAAUUUGCAAAGAUUGGUAUUGCAGAAGCUCUUGUGGAUUCUCUGCGUGCAGGACUCAGCUCCCCUGACCUAGUUUCAGCAUGCAUCACUUUGAAGGCCAUUGCUGUAAAUGAUGAAAUAUGUAAAUCUAUUUCUGAAAUAGGUGGUAUUGAUGCAAUACUCAGAUGUAUAGAGGACAGUGGUGAGCAAGGCAACAAAGCUGUGGCCAAAGUGUGUUGCUCAUUACUUUCGAAGUUGGCAGGAAGUGAUACAAAUAAGAGUGAAAUUGUUGGGAAAGGCGGGAUGGAUAAGCUAAUCAAACUUUCAGCCAGGUUUAAUGAUGACCCUUCUGUUUUGCAAGAGAUUAUGUCCAUCAUUUCUGUGCUUUCGUUAAGAGCUCCAGAAAAUGCAGCCCGUGCUGUUGAAGCAGGCGCUGGUGACCUUGCUAUUCAGGCCAUGCAGAAAUUCCCUGCAGCAGCCCAAAUGCAAAGAAACUCCUGUCUUAUGAUCAGAAAUCUAGUAGUAAGAAAUCCCGAGAACAGGACUGUACUGCUGAAUAAUGGAGUUGAGAAAUACAUAAGGAAGGCCAAGCAAACACACGCUAAUUGUAAGGAUGCUGCCACUGAUGCGCUCAGGGAUUUGGGUGUUGAUGGUUACAACUUGUAGGUGCCAUUUUUGUUUUCUAUGUGUGUAUUAUUGCUUUAUUUCUAACAUGAAACUUGUUCUUUUUUUGUUAUUAUUAUUUUGGGUGCUUAUGUGAAAGAAUGAGUGCGGAUAUGUGACUGAUGCGAGAUUCGGUGUACAAAGUUGAGGCUAUAAUAGGCUUGUUUGGAUAAUACGCUUCCCGACUUUUUUCAUCUUU